AAAGAUGACAAUUCAAGGUUUUGGGCGACCUACAAGAAAGUUUCGACUGAGUAUGACGACGACUUCCUCAGGCGGGCUAAUGACGACAUGACCAUUAUUCUGACUUUUGCUGGUCUAUUCUCAGCUGUCAACUCCACCUUCAUCGCCGGGAUGCAGCCUAAUCCAGGAGACACUACCAAUAUCCUCCUCCUCCAUCUGAUCCAGAUAACUGUUAACGGGCCAAAUUCCGUACCUGACAUCAGUAAUCUUUCUUCAUCUACGGUGUAUCCCCCUUCGACGGUCUGGGUGCAAACACUUGCCUACGCUAGCCUCGCAUUUAGCGUCUUGGCCGCGUUUGGGGCUGUCCUUGGAAAACAAUGG